CGUUAAUAAAAUCGUCAAAUCGACAACAAGUUAUUGCUAUUUUCGUGUAAAUAGCGUCCAAGACGACGCUUGCUUUAUUUUUUUUUAAUGAACUGCGCGAGUUAGAUUGCUGAGUGUGCGUCAAACUUCGAGCAGUCUGCCUCUUUCUUGCUGCAUGUGUAUAUGUUUGUUUAAAUUAAUGUAGAGCCCCAAGAUGCAUCUUUGUAUGGAUGCUGGUGUAGAUUGUUGUCUCGCUCUCACUAGUUAAAUGGGACCUCCUUUCCCGCCUCAGCAUUCGCAAGGAUAGGAACGUUUUCAGUUGACAAAAAGCUACUCAAAGGAGCUUUUUUCAUUGCUUCUUCAACUGAAAGACGCGAUUUAUUUGACGAACAAACGCCAAGAAAGCGAUGAUCGAUAAAAGACGAAGUGGUGUCAAGUGCAUUGUUAAAUCGUGCAGGCGUAGCUACAGGAAUGGCUCUCCGGUGAAAAUGUUUCGGUUUCCCAAAAAGGAGAGCCUUCGUCGCCAAUGGAUUGAAAAUUGUGGUUUACCUCACGAUUUUAAUAUGCGUGCGUUUAUUUGCGAUUUACAUUUUGAAAAAAAGUCCAUUGGCAAAAAGUUUUUAAAAUCGAAUGUAGUCCCCACUCUGAAUCUGUUUGACCCUUCGGACUCCAAUAUAGACAUUUCUAAGGAAUUGGAUAAUAUUGACGAAAUCACGAUUUGUAGCGAAGACGACACAAUCGAAGAUAUUUCGAUUUGCAGGAGCUUCGUGGACACAACACCAGCUGCGGAAGUAUGCCGUGCUUGCAUGACCAGCUCAGUGGCACUCGUGGAUAUCUUCGCCGAUCAGAGGCAACCCAGUCUGGCAGAUAUGCUAAACGACUGUGUCGCCUCCAUCUCAGUCCAACGAAACGAUGAGCUACCGCAGAAAAUGUGCCUCUCGUGCAUUUGUGAUCUGCAAACGGCAUUUGCAUUCCAGCGCAGGUGUGAGGAAAGCCACCAGAAGUUACGCGACAAUCUAAAUAAAAAUAGGAUGGUAUCCACAAUAAACAUGGAAAUGCCAGAGGAAGACAUAGAGAUAGUUCGGCUCAAGAUGGAAAUAGACGAAUUGUUGAGCACUGGGGAUCAAAUGGAAUUCAUGCCUGAAGAUGAAUGCAAAGCAGAUACCCAUGAUAUUUGUACACCCAUAAGUAUUUUCAGUUCUCGGGAUGUUAAUACUAUAAGCGCCUUUAGCUCCAAUCAAAGACAGUCUAGCCUUCUGAUGGAUAGCACAAAUCUAAGCAACAGCGAGAUUAAUGUCCGGUCCGAGCUACUUGAAAUAGAAAACUGGGAGCUGGCCGAGCAAGGUUAUGAAAUAGGCUGUACCGAAGUAGUAAAGGAUACAGAAGAUAUCAUUAAGGAGCAACAAACUGAACUAAGCUCAAAGAGCUACGAAGAAUGCACCGUGGAGCACAAUUCUCUUGCUGUUGACGAGCCUAGAGUAGAUGCUACAAAAAAUGAACUUAAAUGCCCUCACUGUACUAAAGUCUUUCUGCAUAAAUCUUACCUCGAUAUUCACAUUCGUACGCAUACGGUCGAACGACCGUAUCGGUGUCUUCACUGCUCCCAAGCAUUUAGCAUGUUCGCCGGUCUGCGCUUACACAUCCUUACUCAUGAAGGGAAAAAUGCCUUUAAGUGUCCUCACUGCAGAAAAUACUUUUCAGACAAGGUCAAACUCGAUCAACACACGCGCUAUCAUAUUGGGCACCAGGCUUACAAAUGUCUACACUGUCCAAAAAUCUUUACUCAUUCUUCAAAUUUUAAAGACCACAUUAGAAUUCAUCUCGCAAAUAACAGUAGCGCCCACUCUGAACGGGUUGAAAAAGGAAACUGUGAGCUGGCCGAGCAAGAUAAUGAAAUAGGCUGUACCGAAGAAGUAAAGGAUAGUGAGGAAACCAUUAAGGAGCAACAAACUGAAGUAAGCUCUAAGAGCUUCGAAGAAUGCAGCAAGAAAAAGAAUAGAUACUCGUGCCCACAAUGUCGAAAAGCUUUUAUGUAUAAAUCUACCCUCAAACGUCACCUUCGUACGCAUACGGGCGAACGGCCGUAUAAGUGUCCACACUGCCCCAAAGCCUAUCGACUUUUCACGGGCUUGCAAUCACACGUCUUUACUCAUGAAGGUAAAACUGCCUUCAAGUGUCCUCACUGCAGAAGAUACUUUUUAGAGAAAGCCAAACUCGAUGAGCACAUGCGCUAUCAUAUUGGGCGCCAGGCUUACAAAUGUCCACAGUGUCCAAAAAUCUGUACUGCUUUUGUAUAUCUCAAAAAGCACAUUAGAACGCAUACCGUAGAGAAAAGCGAAGAGCUUGAUCCCAUUGCUGUUAACAAUCCUAUAAUGGAAGCUAAAAAUGGCCAAUUUAUGUGCCCACAUUGCCCCAAAACAUAUAAACUGUCCUGGAAUCUGCGCAUACACCUCCUUACUCAUGAAGGGAAAACUGCCUUCAAGUGUCCUCACUGCAGAAAAUACUUUUUAGAGAAGGCCAAACUCGAUGAACACACGCGCUAUCACAUUGGCCGCCGGGCUUUCAAAUGUCCACACUGUCUAAAAAUCUAUACUAAUCCAUCAUUUUUUAAAGACCACAUUUUAGCUCAUACCGCAGAUAACAGUGAGCCAAAUGUCCAAUCUGAACGGGUUGAAAUAGAAAACUCGGAGCUGGCCGAGCAAGAUAAUGAAAUAGGCUGCAGUAAAGAAGUAAAGGAUACAGAAGAUAACAUUAAAGAAAAACAAACUGAACUAAGCUCAAAGAACUACGAAGAAUGCACCGUGGAGAGAGAGAAAAUUUGUAACCGUCUUGCUGUUAACGAGCCUAGAAUAGAUGAUAAAACGAAACAAUUUAUAUGCCCACAUUGCCCAAAAGCCUAUAUGAAUGAGUCUUCCCUCAAAACUCACAGUCGUACGCAUUCGGACGAACCACCACUUCAGUGUCCACACUGCCCCAAAACCUUUAGAAAUUCCUCAGCUUUGCGCUCACACAUCUUUACGCAUGCAGGUGAGACUCCCUUAAAGUGUCUUUACUGCAGAAAAUACUUUUUAGAGAAAGCCAAGCACGAAGAACACACGCGCUAUCACGUUGGGCCCCGGGCUUACAAGUGUCCACACUGUCCAAAAGUCUGUAAUCUUAGAAAUUUGACAAAGCACAUUAAAAUUCAUGCCAAGAAAAAUGUUAAGGAAUAAUAUUUAGGAAAUUCCAGAAAGACAACCACACUCAAAUAUAUUAUUAUGUGUAUUAUGUAUGUUAUAUAUUAUAUAUGUGUAUAUACAGUGUAAAUGGUCGUUUGUGGACAGCAAUGAUCGAGCAAUUUCUGUCCGCUUAAGAGGAGUACAACGAAAGACAAACAAUAUCAUUAAAAUGGUUUUAAAAUAAGAUGUUGUAAUUCAUAAUUUUAUAGGUUCCUAAAUUUUAAGAGUCUAUUUUGCAUAUGGUUUUCUAAAUUAGUUAAAUGUUCAAAUGCGAUGUGAUCGUUUUUUAAAAAUUGCUUUAAAUUUGCAAUGUAUAUUAAAGCGCUUUUAACUGUGUUUAGCUCACAAGAAACUUCAGACACAAGAUCGGUAUCCGUAUUGCUGUUGUCGUCAAUUACAAAUACCGUAUCGCUACUAUCAAUUUCAGUUUCUAAAAACUGAUGAACAUCUAAUGGGUUCACAUCAGCAGAUUCUCUUGGCUCACAUCGAGAAUUAAUGUUGUGUCGCUUGCGCCACCUUUGGAGCCAACCGUUAGAGGCGGCAAAGUCGUCAAUUCCAAGGGUCGCAGCGAUUUCUUUCGCUUUCUCUUGAAUAGCUGAGCCAGAUAUUGGCGUAUUUGGACUUCUUGCUUUACAAAACCAAUCGUAGCACAUGGAGUCGAGUUUUUUGCCGUCUGCAUUCAGGAAGCUUCUUUUCGUAUUGAUGUUUUCACCGGAUAACCAUCUCGACCGAAUCGUUUCCCUGUCACGAACAAUGAGCGCAGCUUGUGUUUUUCCUAUGUUAAACCUGUAAACGAAUAUAUUUAUAGUUUAAUUUUUAGUUAAUUUUCUUUGCAUAUAGUUCUACCUUUUAGCUAAUGCACGCACUGGUGAAUUAUUUUGAUCAUACGCGCUUAUAACCUCCAUUUUUUCCUUUAAACUAAGCACUUUUUUCCUUUCCAUUCUGAUGUUUUUAAUAUUCAUUAUUUGAACAAAUACUGAAAACACAUUAUUCGGGGAGAUCCCGAAAUUUAUUUUCGCCUUUUUAUGUCAUAAUGUGCCUCGUUUUUGUUGCUAAAGGAUUUCCUAAAGGUGUAUAGUCCGCUUCAUAUUACAAGAGGGUCCAAGAGCUCAAAUUGACAGAUAUUCGUUUAGUUGGCUCACUUAGACAGCUCGUUCACUGAGGACUAUUCACACAUUAAUCAACAUCUUAUUUAAAAUUGUGAACAAAUUGAUUUUUGUUUUGUUUUUAUUCUGGCAUAUGUAUACGCUGUGUUUAUCAUUAGUGAUGUCAACAAUCGUGGCAUACAUUUGGAAAUUCGAUAGUUCUUGAGAUGGUCCAUCUUUUGUUAUUAUUGAACUCGAUACCUUAGAAUUAUUGUAUAUAUUGCUAGCUUAUAGCUCUCACCGGUGUAUUUAUAGUUAUUGUAAUAAAAUAUAAAAUUAAAUAUUUUAAA